GUGGUGCUGUCUUUGGGGAACGCAAAGUGCUAGGUGAAGAGGGUUUUUCUUCUCCCUCGGCCGCGGAAACUACAGAGGGGAGCUGGCGAGGGUGGUCUGGAAAGGCGGUAGCUGGUGUGUUGGUGGUCCCAGAACCUCUCGUAAACCAGAACUGGAAAAUAUUUAACUCUUAACAAAUGAAUUCCCCACUUGAACUCUGCCGAAUUCCUGUGCCACCUCCUCCUUUAGAAAACUGAUCUUAAUACAGAGAUAAAAGAGGAUUAGAAGGUAAAAGAAAAUGCUGGGAACUGACCGUUGUGUGGUGGAAGAAUGGUUAUCAGAAUUCAAGGCAUUACCUGACACUCAGAUCACCAGUUAUGCAGCAACUUUACACCGGAAAAAAACACUUGUACCAGCCCUCUAUAAAGUUAUUCAGGAUUCGAAUAAUGAGCUCCUGGAGCCUGUCUGCCAUCAGCUGUUUGAGCUCUACCGUAGCUCAGAGGUUCGACUUAAGAGGUUCACACUGCAGUUCUUGCCAGAAUUGAUGUGGGUUUAUUUACGGCUUACAGUUAGCCGAGACAGACAGAGUAAUGGUUGCAUUGAAGCACUUCUGUUAGGAAUAUACAAUUUGGAAAUUGCUGAUAAAGAUGGGAACAAUAAAGUUCUGUCUUUCACUAUCCCCUCCUUAUCCAAGCCUUCAAUAUACCAUGAACCUUCAACAAUUGGAUCCAUGGCUUUGACAGAAGGGGCAUUGUGUCAGCAUGAUCUCAUCAGAGUUGUUUAUAGUGAUCUUCAUCCUCAGAGGGAAACAUUCACUGCACAGAACCGGUUUGAAGUCCUGAGUUUUCUCAUGCUGUGUUAUAAUUCUGCUAUUGUAUAUAUGCCUGCCUCAUCUUACCAAUCUCUUUGUCGGAUGGGUUCCAGGGUUUGUGUGAGUGGGUUUCCACGGCAACAUGAAAAACAUUGGAAAGAACUCUGUGGUCGAAUAGUAUUGGAUCCUGAAUUUAUGGUGCAGCUUCUCACAGGGGUGUAUUAUGCCAUGUAUAAUGGACAGUGGGACCUUGGCCAGGAAGUUCUUGAUGAUAUCAUUUAUAGAGCCCAGCUAGAGCUUUUUUCUCAACCACUAUUGGUUGCCAAUGCCAUGAAAAACUCAUUACCAUUUGAUGCUCCUGAUUCUACACAAGAAGGCCAGAAAGUCCUUAAAGUUGAAGUCACUCCAACAGUGCCGAGGAUUUCUCGGACUGCAAUUACAACAGCUUCAAUCCGUCGUCAUAGAUGGAGAAGAGAAGAUGGCUUUGACUUCUCAAACGAGGCUGACUCGAGUAUUCCUGGCUCCCCGAUCCAACACGGCUCCACUGACCUAGGGAUCAAACGUGUGCAAGAGGGGGAGGUGCUGGUGCGCAGGACCCCUGAGCAUGGCUCACCCGAGCCCAACUCAGCAACAGCCACAACAGAGGGUGCUGAGGGUGUAAAUGGAGGAGAGGAGUCUGUAAACCUGAAUGAUGCAGAUGAAGGAUUUUCAUCAGGGGCUUCCCUCAGCAGUCAGCCAAUUGGGACCAAACCAUCCUCCUCUUCUCAGAGGGGAAGCUUAAGGAAAGUAGCAACUGGGCGUUCAGCCAAGGAUAAAGAAACAGCCUCUGCCAUCAAAUCCAGUGAGAGCCCUCGAGAUUCAGUAGUUCGCAAGCAGUAUGUACAGCAACCAACUGAUCUUAGUGUAGAUUCAGUUGAGCUGACACCAAUGAAGAAACACCUGAGCCUGCCUGCUGGCCAGGUGGUGCCAAAAACCAAUAGCUUAAGUCUAAUCCGGACAGCCAGUGCUUCUUCAAGUAAAUCAUUUGACUAUGUAAAUGGCAGUCAAGCAAGUACCAGCAUUGGGGUUGGCACUGAGGGAGGUACUAAUUUAGCAGCUAAGAAUGCUAAUCGAUACUCAACUGUCAGUCUGCAGGAAGACCGGCUAGGUCAAGCUGGCGAAGGUAAAGAGCUUCUCAGCCCAGGAGCCCCCUUAACCAAGCAGUCUCGAUCCCCAAGUUUCAAUAUGCAGCUAAUAUCCCAGGUGUAGUUUUGACAUCCUCCCUCAUCUUUCUGCUUACCUUUUAAACUGAACAUUUCAUUGUGCAAGAAGACACUUCAUCCCACAUUGUGAAAAUAUUGGUCACUGUUAUCAGAUUUCAUUUAGUUUAGGUAUCUUCAUACUGUAUUUUGUAUCAAAACAGCAAUAAGGUUUUCUUUAUCCCUCUUUCCUACAUCUUCACGUAUUCCUUGUAAAUGUGUUUGUGAAGCAGUAUAAAAUGUUUGCCUUUUCCAUGCCUUCCUUUCUCCUUGGGUGAUGUGCAAUCCAUUGUAGGCUGAUCGGUCCCAUUUCAACACUGUGAGACUGAGGAUAUGUUAGAGGAAAUGGUGUAUAUGAUCCCUAUGAAACGAUUCUUUGGCUUUUGUUUAAAAACAAAACAAAACGGGUUUGUUCUCGUCAUCUAGAGAACUAUGAAGAUUACUGGAUCAUAUUUUUUUCUCUCAACCAGGAGUGCCUCAGAGAUUCUGCUAUGACUUUGGACUUCUCUGAGUCUGUGCAAUCAUUUUCUGGAGAAGCAUGGGGAAAGGUGGUAGACUGCUGCACUUUUUCAUUAAAAUGAGGGUAGCUCUUUCUCCACCCCCCCAUCUCCUUUAUCCCGAAGACAUAAAUGUUCAAUUACGGAGGCAUUUAAAUCAAGUUGUGACCACCUCCAUUGGAGGACAGGGCUCUAAGUUGAUUGUGUAAUUGAUAAUGCACUUUCUCAAUGGCUCUAUAGUCAUUAUUAACAUGUCUUCCCUCUUCCCCACAAGGACAUAUAAGGUCAUUUCUGUCCUUCAAGUUUGGCCAACUAACAAAUCAGAAUCUGAGGGGCAUGUUCUAUUUCCCAGGAAUGAUUGACACUUUGGUGCUGGGGUUUUGUGGGGGGAGGGGUGGUUUUUGUUUAGCUUGUGUGGAGAUUGUGUGUGUGAGAGGAGAUUUUGAUUCUUUUUUUUCUUUUCCUUUGUGAGCUGAUGGCUGAAGUAUAACAGUACAUCUUCAGGUAAAGAGAGGGAUUUCUCAAUCUACUUUGUUAUGUCAGACUAUAAGAGAAACCCUUUCAGCUGCUUUUUAGAUGUACCUAAAUUCAGUCAGAUAUUUUGGAUUAAGAAACCUAAAGUCCUGAUACAUUACAUACUCCAAGGAAAUAUAUCAGGGACAGACAAUUGGCUGAAAACACUGAUACUGAUACUUCAAUGUGACACAUUUUUAUAGAACAUUUCUACCAGGGGGUACUGACCUUGAUUUCUCCUAUAAGGACCACACUGCCUUUGUGUUUAAUGUAAUGCAAUUUGUGUACCUUCUAAUCAUAUAUCUGCAGUUUCUCAUUUUUAUAAAACUUUGAAAUCAUGCCAGUAAGCUAGAUGUUGAAUGUAUGUAAGUAGCAUUUGGUAACUGCUAAGAGGUUACAAAAACAUUAUUGGUAUAAAAAAUUUUCUUAGUUCUGAUCUGGUUGGAUAAGAUUUUAUCAUAACCUCUUCUGGGUCUCAGGCUCUGAUGUUUGAAAAAGAAGGGAAUAUAUUGGGUUUUAAAAAAAUCAGUGUAUUGUGACUUAAACUGUUGUAAGUUAUCCUUCCACAGAAUACAUCAGAGCUAUUAGUGCUUUGUACAUUUAGAUGUUUUUACUUGAUUAUUGUUUAAGAAAAAUAUACUGAAUUUAUAGAAAGCAAGUAUUCUCCUAAUUAACAAAAGUUAAAAUUUUAUCCCUACCAUUAAAAUUACAAUAGAUUUUGAUAAAUAACAGAAAAAAAUGCCUUUUUUUUCACACCUAGCAAUGCUCCCAUUUUUAUUGUAAGAACUUUCUUUUUUCCCUAAGAGACUUUCUGUUAGACUCUUUUUAUAUGAGAUGCUUGUUUGAAUUUGGUAGUCUGUAACAUUUUCCAGCUCAUGUGAAAAUGGAAAACUAGAACCUGAACUAGUAUAAUGUUGCCAAAGUCCGGGGUAAAGCUAAAAGUUGAUAAAUAGACAAUUUAUUGAUUUGUGUGUGUGUGUGUGUAUAUAUAUAUAUAUGGUGUGUAUAUGUAUAUAUCACAAAGUUGUAUUUUAAAUAUCCUUUCUUUUAAUUUAAGGGAUGUCAAAUAAAUGAAAGGAGUUUAAAAAUAGCCAAAAUAAAUGAGCUGUAAAGGUCUAUAACAUACUAAAAAAGGCAGUUUCAGGUAUGUAAGGAAAGGAGCAUUAUACUUACCUAGAAAGUGAAACCU